UCCCUUCCUUUAAUCUCUUUUGUGUUCAUAGAUCGGCGGUUAGGUCCUAAAAUCAAAUGUGUCGGGACAUCUAUUCUUGGUGACAGACAUUGGUGCACCCCUUGGUGACCCAUCGAUAGUUAGGUGUAGAUGCGGACAAGUCCCAAGAGGGGAUCUCGGUCCGUGUCAUCGGCUCCUCAUAAGACCGCUCUCUCUUUUUUUUCUCUCUCCUCUCUCUCUCUCUCUCGCCCUGUAUCUGGAAUCCUUUAAAUUUCGGUCUCGUCUCGUAUCACCAGUCCGAUCUUCUUGUUCUUCUUCGUCGCCGCCGUCGUCGUACAGUUAAUUCUUAGGGACGGCCAUUUGAAACGAAAGAGGAAGGAUGUUGGGGAUUAUAAGGCAAAAAGUUGGUUCUGCAGGCUUCCCUGCUUCGAUCGUGGGACAGGCCUUGCAGAGGGUCCGGCCUACCGCAUUUGCAUCACGCAAUUACUCGACUGCAGCCAAAGAGAUGACAGUCCGAGAUGCCUUAAAUUCUGCACUUGAUGAGGAAAUGUCUGCUGAUCCUAAAGUGUUUUUGAUGGGUGAAGAGGUUGGAGAAUACCAGGGUGCAUACAAGAUUUCUAAAGGUCUUCUGGAGAAGUAUGGUCCUGAGAGGGUUCUUGAUACUCCUAUAACAGAGGCUGGUUUCGCUGGAAUUGGAGUUGGUGCUGCUUACUAUGGUCUUCGUCCUGUUGUAGAGUUUAUGACAUUUAACUUCUCCAUGCAGGCAAUUGACCAUAUCAUUAACUCAGCCGCAAAAUCGAACUACAUGUCUGCUGGUCAGUUAUCUGUACCUAUUGUUUUUAGAGGACCAAAUGGUGCUGCUGCUGGAGUUGGUGCACAACACUCCCAGUGUUAUGCAGCAUGGUAUGGUUCUUGUCCUGGGUUAAAAGUAUUGGCUCCAUACUCAUCAGAGGAUGCUCGUGGCCUUCUAAAAGCUGCUAUAAGGGACCCUGAUCCUGUUGUUUUCCUUGAAAAUGAGUUGUUGUAUGGUGAGUCUUUCCCUGUUUCAGCAGAAGCUCUUGAUUCUAGUUUUGUUCUUCCAAUAGGAAAGGCUAAGAUUGAGCGGGAAGGAAAGGAUGUUACAAUUACUGCUUUCUCAAAGAUGGUUGGUUAUGCACUUAAGGCUGCUGAUAUACUUGCAAAGGAAGGAAUUAGUGCUGAGAUUAUAAAUCUGCGUUCGAUCAGGCCACUAGAUAGAUCAACAAUUAAUGCUUCUGUCUGGAAAACCAAUAGACUGGUAACAGUUGAAGAAGGAUUCCCUCAGCAUGGAGUUGGGGCUGAGAUCUGUAUGUCUGUUAUUGAAGAGAGCUUUGGCUAUCUUGAUGCACCAGUAGAGAGGAUUGCUGGAGCUGAUGUUCCCAUGCCAUACGCUGCAAAUUUAGAAAGAAUGGCCGUUCCACAGGUUGAGGAUAUCGUUCGUGCUGCAAAAAGGGCAUGCUACAGAUCUGUUCCCAUGGCUGCAGCCGCUUAGGAGCAGCUACUUGGCUUUUUCUGUUUUUUCCUUUUCUUAUUGAACUUGUCAAGGGGUUGCAUUCAUGAAAGUUCCGAAAAGCUUAGUUUGCUGUGGAAAACAUUUAAUUUGGGCCCUUUUUAGAAGGGCUUAUUGUAUUCCUUUUUCUCCCCAUCCAUUAUCGGGGUGGGACUGCGCAUUUACCUGAGAGCCCAUUGGACACUAAGAAGAUAAUGAAUUCUGAGACGAGCAUUUUGAUAUGCUUGGUCCUUUUGUUUUUUGUAUAAAUGCCCAUUGAUGAUCAUUGAAUAUGUAAUUGGGCUACUGUGUUAUGUUGAAAUUCCUGCAUAUGCAGAUUUUGUUGCUAUUUCAUUCAGGUUUUAUUUGAA